AUGGUGGUGAGAGGUGGGUCGGCGAACGCUGCGUUUCGGUCGUCGCAUCCGAACGUUUCGCCGGCUGUCGUCGUCGUCGUCGAUGAUGAAUCUUGCGUUGUCGUGAGCGUCGAGCCGACCAACGCGCACACGUUAGCGGUUUGUUUGAGGAGUGGGUUUGGGGCGUUUGACGGCGCAGAUCGGAAGUCGUUGGCGGCUUUGCAGCUGUGCCGAGGCGUCGCACACUGCCAUGAGCGUCAACUUGCGCUAGGAAAUUUGAGUGUCGACGAGACGUCUGUCUCGACGCUCAGUGGUGGUGCCAGAGGGACGCCGUAUGUUCAAGUAACCGGGAUGUAUAAUUCGCCCCAUGCGCGCGCGGUAGGUGUCGGUGGUUCGAGAACGUUCGAGGUGUCGGCAGAGAGCGCCUUGCGAGUUCGCGAGAACUCAGACAUUAGAAACAUCACCGCGGCGUGGCGUGUGGGCGCCAUCGGAAACUUGGAGUACGUCGUGAAACUCAACGAAAUCGCGAGACGCGAUAAGGACCGUUCGAAUCACACUUUCGCACCGUGGGUAAUUGAUUUCUCUGAGUUUCCGCUCAACGCUGAUGGCUCACUCAACGGCUUGAGAGAUUUGACAAAGACAAAGUUUCGAUUGACGAAGGGUGAUGAGCAGUUAGAUUUUACCUAUCGCAACACAAUGCCGCCGCACCACGUGAGUGGCGAUUGUCUUAGCGAGCUGGGGGUGUGUAUUGCGUUAGCCAGGCGAACGCCUCGCGCGACGCUGGCGCAUGUUGUUCGCGCGAACGUCGUCGCCGACGAGUAUCCGAAAGAUUUGUCUCGGCUUUACCAAGUUUUGCCGGAUGAAGCACCUAUUGAGUUUUACGUCGACCCGCUAGUAUUCAAGUCGAUUCACGAGGACAUGAGCGACUUGGCCCUCCCGACCUGGGCUCGAGUCGGGGAGGAUUCGGCAUCAUACUUCAUUAAAGUCCACCAAGAGGCUUUUGAAUCGUGCGUCGUGAGCGAAAACUUACAUUCUUGGAUAGAUUUGACUUUCGGCUACGCCACGUACGGCACGGCUGCUAUCGAUGCGAAGAAUGUGAUGGUGCCUGAUAGCAAUCGCACGCUUCCAUCAUCAGGUGGGAGACUUUGCCUGUUUCACACGCCGCAUCCUAAGCGAAGUGUCGGCGUCGUCCCACGGUCUUUAUCCCCUCGCGGCGGUUCGGAAAGCGAUGCCCUGGCGCUAGCGACGACGAUGUCGACGAUGUUCAUUACGGAGCCACCUUUGAGUGUCGCUCAGGACGAUGACUUGCGGGCACUGGGUCGCAUAUUAGGCGCCAUUUACGCGGGAGCGCCGUGUCCCGAGUUUGAAAGCGCAGCUCCUUCAAACGGACUCUUCGAAGAGUCACCAAUGAAAUCAGUCAGCGAAAGUCUUUUCGAAGAUAGAAAAGUCCACGCGAAGACGGCUUUCAAGUCGUAUAAAGCGUGGCUGAGUCGCAUGCCCGUCGAAGCGCGAGACGUGGUGAAGCUUCUGAUGGACUCGGCGAAGCCCAUCGGCGCCGCCGCCGUCCGCGACUCGGUCUUGUUCUCUCAAGAUAUCCGGUCGGCCGCGACGAUUCUUGGAAACAUGAGAUCCGCGCACGAAUCGAUCGCGGCAAGAAUCAUGGUCGCAGAGGCGGGACUGAAAGGAGCCUCAAACACAGUCUCGCGAUUCGUUUUGGAAGACCUUUGUCCUGAAAUUGAAGAGUACAUCGUGGCACCGUUCAGUGAGACUCAAGAAAUGCAACUGGCGAUGAGCUUCUCGCUAUUUGUCCAAACUGCGUGUGAUGUCGCUUCGAGACGCGACAUCAUCAAUACUUUGUUCCCACUGUUCGUUCACGCCCUGAGCGCACCCAACUCAAGAAACGUCGAGGGACCGACGUUGAAACGAGAAAUGUUCCAUCUGAAUGUUCUUCGAUGCAUCCGAAGGUCUAUCGGCGCAGCGACGUUUAAUCGCGUCAUGAUACCCGUAUUCAUCGCGUGCCUGCAACCAAAGUUCCGUUGCAGCUCGGAAGAGAUCGAACGUGUCACUCAAGCAUUGGUUUACGUGGCGAGGACGACGCCGUUGCCAAUUGUUCUGCGUCGCAUUGUAGAUGUUCUGCACAAGGCACUGAGGAACAAUCGAGACGACACUUCCAGCGGAGCACACGUGAUCGUCGCGGAUGUCUUAACGUCGAUAAGCGAACAUCUCGGACCCCGUGCUGAAGAACUGAUAUUACGGACCUCAAUGGGGGCGCCUUCAUCAAUUCUGGAGAAUCUCGAUGACUGGCAUCCACAAAGCCCCGCGACGGGCUCGACGAAGUCCGAGUGGAGUUGGCUUCCUCGUGUGUCACCCUUUGACCGGGACGACGGCAUCAAUGACGAUGAACUUACGAUGUCGCAAGUUCUCGCCAGUGCCGGUGCCGUCGAUGACGAGCCGUGGCGCUUGCACGUUGAGGCGCUCACGUCGUGGCGAGCGCACAGCCAACUUGUCCGACCGUCCGCACAGGCUCUCGACGUGAGUGCGGACGAACGACUCUUCUUGACUCACGGGGCGACGUCUAAAUGUGACGGUAUCGUGUGCGUGUGGCGAGCGAGCGGGCCCAGGGGUGACGAAGAAGGCGCGAUGACCAAGUACAACGGGCACGCCAAGGCGACAGUGACCGCCAGCGCGUUUCUCAAUUUCGCGAGGGACAGAGAGGGUGACGUUUCUAGGGCGUGUUCGUGCGACGAUAAGGGCUAUAUUCAAGUAUGGAAUACGAGUGGCGCCCACGUUUGGCAGUUUUAUGCACGGGAUUCGGACGGAUUCCAAUCACUGCGCGCGUCAGACGCUCGUGGCGAACACGUCAUCGGUGGAACGACAAAGGGAAACGUCCUCAUCGCUGACGCUUGUGCAGGUAGAGUGGUUCGACAAUUCUCGUGUCCAAACUCAAGGAGCGUGAGCGCGUUAUACGUAUCAUCAGAUGGUGUGAUAUGUGCAAGCAAUCGGGACGGAUACAUGUAUGGAUUUGAUUCAAGAGCAUCUGAUGAGAACGUCUUUGAAGUAAAGGCGCACGACAGUGGGAUAAACAAAAUCAUCUCCGCGUCGAACGAGCCACAUGAAUUACUUACCGCAUCGAGCGACAUGACGGUUGGACUCUGGGACAUGCGUAUGAUUGGUGGCGGGCGCGAUGCAAAGAGGCGAUAUGACGGGCGAUUACGUACGUUCCGUGGGCAUCAACGCGAGGUGCGAGACAUCGCCGUCAGCGAAAAGGGUGAUGUUUUCAGCGUAAGUGGAACAUCCAUCGGGAUAUUCUCUUUGAACUCUAGCACGGAGCAAUUCACAAGAUUCGCUCCUCUCUCAGUACACGGCGUGAGUACACCGUCGGCGCCGAAGAGUGGCGCCGAGCAAUCUGCGUUUAGUGCAAUUCAGCUCCUCCCGAGCUCGCGUCUAUUCGCGAUGCUGAACGAAGACGGAUUGCUCAGCGUGUGUCACUAG